AUGACUAGGCGCCGGGCGGCGGGCGGGGGCGGGCACGCCGCCGCGCCUGCUCAGCCCGGGCCCGCCGCCGCGCCCGCGCAGGUGGCCAAGGCCGACUCGCCCAAGACCGCCCUGCAGCCGGCGCCCCCGCCGCCGCAGACCCUGGCGACCAGCUGCCCGGCCGGCGCGGGGUCCGGCAUGAUCCUCGGGCCAACUAUGCAAGGGGCACUGCCCGCCGCCGCCGCCGCCGGCCUCCCGCCGCCGGCCCCGGGCACCCCCACCGGGCUGCCCAAGGGCUCGGCCAGCGCGGUGACCCAGAGCCUGCCCAGGACGCCCUCGGCCACCACCGGCGGGAUCCGGGCCACGCUGACGCCCACUGUCCUCGCCCCACGCCUGCCGCAGCCGCCGCAGAACCCCACCAACAUCCAGAACUUCCAGCUGCCCCCAGGUAUGGUCCUCGUGCGGAGCGAGAAUGGGCAGCUGCUCAUGAUCCCUCAGCAGGCCCUGGCUCAGAUGCAGGCCCAGGCCCACGCCCAGGCGCAGCCGCAGACUACCAUGGCACCGCGCCCGGCCACCCCCACAAGUGCCCCUCCCGUGCAGAUCUCCACCGUGCAGGCACCCGGGACCCCAAUUAUUGCACGGCAGGUGACCCCAACGACCAUAAUCAAGCAGGUGUCUCAGGCCCAGACAACGGUACAGCCCAGCACCGCACUGCAGCGCUCGCCCGGGGUUCAGCCUCAGCUUGUUUUGGGUGGCGCUGCUCAGACAACCUCACUUGGGACGGCAACAGCUGUUCAGACGGCGACACCUCAGCGGACGGUCCCAGGGGCCACCACCACCUCGACAGCUGCCACGGAAACUAUGGAAAACGUGAAGAAAUGUAAAAAUUUUUUAUCUACGUUAAUAAAACUGGCUUCGUCUGGUAAACAGUCUACAGAGACGGCCGCUAAUGUGAAAGAACUGGUACAGAAUCUGCUGGAUGGAAAAAUUGAAGCAGAAGAUUUCACUAGUAGGUUAUACCGAGAGCUUAAUUCUUCACCUCAACCUUACCUUGUGCCUUUCCUGAAGAGGAGCUUGCCCGCCUUGAGACAGCUGACCCCCGACUCCGCGGCCUUCAUCCAGCAGAGCCAGCAGCAGCCACCGGCUUCGCAGGCCACCACCGCGCUCACCGCCGUGGUGCUCAGUGGCUCGGUCCAGCGCACGGCUGGGAAGACGGCGGCCACCGUGACCAGCGCCCUCCAGCCCCCUGUCAUCAGCCUCACGCAGCCCACACAGGUGGGCGUCGGCAAGCAGGGGCAGCCCACGCCGCUGGUGAUCCAGCCGCCGCCCAAGCCCGGAGCGCUGAUCCGGCCGCCGCAGGUGACACUGACGCAGACGCCCAUGGUCGCGCUCCGGCAGCCCCACAACCGCAUCGUGCUCACCACGCCCCAGCAGAUCCAGCUGAACCAGCUGCAGCCAGUCCCUGUGGUGAAACCUGCUGUGUUACCUGGAACCAAAGCUCUUUCUACUGUCUCCGCACAAGCUGCUGCUGCACAGAAAAAUAAACUCAAGGAGCCCGGGGGAGGCUCGUUUCGGGAUGAUGAUGACAUCAAUGACGUAGCGUCCAUGGCUGGAGUGAACCUGUCAGAAGAAAGCGCGAGAAUAUUGGCCACAAACUCCGAGUUGGUGGGCACCCUGACACGGUCCUGCAAAGAUGAGACCUUCCUACUCCCGGCACCUCUGCAGAGAAGGAUAUUAGAAAUAGGGAAGAAACACGGCAUCACGGAGUUGCACCCAGACGUGGUGAGUUAUGUGUCACAUGCCACGCAGCAGAGGCUGCAGAACCUGGUGGAGAAGAUAUCGGAGACGGCCCAGCAGAAGAACUUCUCUUACAAGGAUGAUGACAGAUACGAACAGGCAAGUGAUGUCCGGGCUCAGCUCAAAUUUUUUGAACAGCUUGAUCAAAUUGAAAAACAGAGAAAAGAUGAACAGGAAAGAGAGAUCUUGAUGCGGGCAGCAAAGUCUCGAUCCAGACAAGAAGAUCCAGAACAGUUAAGGUUGAAACAGAAGGCAAAGGAGAUGCAGCAACAAGAACUGGCACAGAUGAGGCAGCGAGAUGCCAACCUCACAGCACUAGCCGCCAUCGGGCCCCGGAAAAAGAGGAAAGUGGACUCCCCGGGACCGGGAUCGGGACCAGAGGGCUCGGGCCCAGGCUCGGCGGUCCCAGGCAGUUCCGGCGUCGGAACCCCCAGACAGUUCACGCGGCAAAGGAUCACGCGGGUCAACCUCAGGGACCUCAUAUUUUGUUUAGAAAAUGAACGUGAGACAAGCCAUUCACUGUUGCUGUACAAAGCAUUCCUUAAGUAGCACGGACGCGGCCUCUUAGCAGAGAUGCCUGGGGACUUUUUAUAUAUUUGCAGAUUACGCCUUUUUGUAACGAGCAAAUGGGAUAUUGUUUAAAAAACAGCCACCUCUUUACAAUGGAACAGUUUUAUAUUCCUGUUUCUAAGUCAACUCUUCAGUACGGAGGAAAACAUGUUUCUGUAACAGAGAACACAGAGGCCUGCGGGUACUCUUACAGGACAAUUAAAUCCUAACUCAUCUUUGAUUGAGUGGCCUUCUUGCCAAACAAGCCAUAUAUAAAAACUGAUGGAAUCGUUUAGCAAAUAACUAGCUGCCCUCUUGUCACCUCAUAGCGGUUUCUACAUCGUUUGUGCAUUUGGUUUAGUUCAACCCAGCUUACUGCGUAGGUGUGUGUCUACAGCCAGUGACCUCAUUUCACUUAUUUUAUUUUUGUAUUAGUCAGUUGGCAAAGCAAACUGAUUUUUUAGACUAUUUAUCUCCCUCCCUUCCCCACCCCUCCGUUCAGGAUCCUCGAGGAGCAGGCAGCCCACCGUCCGCCUGUGCCUCGGGGCUCGUCCCUCUCUGCUUCGUGGGGCCCGGUGACGCGGCUCCUUCUGAAUGUGUGGUCAGCAUCUGUACAAAUGCAUUUUAUUUGCUAUUGUUUGUAAAGCUGUAAAGUUAAAGAAAUGAAAACCUUUUCAGCAUAAAUCUAUUUUACUUGCACUGUGUUUUUUAGCUAAAAGUGAAAACUUAGAUGAAAUAAAAUCAAAGUUGAGAAGAA